AUGACCCUCAAAGACUUCUUCCACCUCUCCGAAUCCGACUUCGCAGACCGCAUCUCCAGGCUUCCCGAUGAGAAACUACUGAAAGACGACAUCCACAACGUCCGCGCCACGCACUCGGGAGCUAUAGGAGCUACACUAGGUGCCAUCGAAGCCCCCGCCACCGCCGGUCUGAGUCUAGUCGGAAGCGCCAUCGGGCUGCGGAGACGGAAGGUGGCGAAGAGGAGGUUAGAGAUGAUUCAUGCUGAGCUCGAAUCGCGCGGUCUACCCAGCCAUCGGCAAACGAAACGGGAUUUUUUGAUUCCACUCGCUAUAUCGGGGGCUACGAUGGGGAUCGGAGGCCCGGCUGUUGAGGGGCUGAUGGGCGCGAUUCCGGUGCAGAGUGUCCUGGAUGCGGGGAUCGAUGCGGGGACUACUGCUGCGAGUAUGGUUGUUGGGGAGGUGGCGGGCAAGUUGACGGCGGAGGUUGGGGGGGAGAAUGUGGUGGAUAGGAGUCUGCCGGGGACGGGGCGAAAGGGCGUUUGGAGGAGGGCUUUGGGGAUUUCGAGGUCGAUCGAGGGGUUUGGUGGGGCGGUGGAGAAUGGGGGAGAGGGGGACAGGGUUGAGUCGCCUGUUUUGGCUGUUUCGGCGCCGGGGUCGCCGGUGUAUGAGAUGGAGGGUCCGCCGAUGUUGCCGCCUAGACCACUGCUUCUAAAUACUGGGGCGGAUGUGGUUGGUACAGUGCCUGAGAUUGUGGUUACGGCGCCGAAGCCUGACGACGCUGAGCAAGCGGCUUCGUGCAGUCGGAAGAUCUUGCGAAUGCCGGUUACGCAGUGA